UGAGAAGAAAUUUAAUUCAGUAUCAAUUAAUAAUAUGAUGAAAGAAAGGCAAUAUGGAACUGACAAUGAAUAUUGUUGAAUGAAAUAACUGAAUUGAGCGCCACAUACAGGAAAAAAGCGGGGUUGGCAACGGGGUAGUGGUAUGCUAAAUUUUGGCACCUGUUUUUUGAUUUUAUUGCAACAAGUUUGAGGAUUUCGAGAAUUCGAUAAGACAUUAUCAGAACCCAUCUACUUUCAAUGAUCUGGUUCUCGAAAUCCAUGCAACCGGUGUCGCUUUGAAUCCGUAAAUCAAUUAAUUGCAUUAAACUUCAAAGUUUUAAAUCAUAGCUGGAUGACGUUACCGCGCAUUCUCCGCUAGUAAUGUCCGCAUCGCGUCGUGGGCUCGGUAGUCAGGCGACGUCAUCACCUGGAUUAGAAUUAUGCAUGACGUUUCGUUGGUGAUUAUUUCUUUCACACAUAUAUUUUUAUGGGUAUAUUAUUCGGAGGACUAGUGGGAAUUCAACGUAAAUAAAAUCGAAGUUUAGUAGUCUCGUAUAAUCGUGUUGUAUACUGACAAUAAAACGCCUCGUGCCAAUCCACUUAGCCAAGAAUCACAAUUUAGAGAUACCAAAUUUGAAAUGAAAUCAUGAUUAUUAAGCACUCUCAAUUGCUUGUUUAAUCCAACAGCAAUUCAUUCCUAUUGUUUAUCAUCGUGAAAAAUAUUGGACGAUGUUUUAAUUGAUAGAAACGUCACACUGUAUGUCGCAUAGUUAGAGAGUAGUGGGAAGCUGUCUGAAAUGAGAUGUAUCAAGUUUUUAUCACAGGGUACCGUCUGGUUGCGGUGCCAUACACGAAACCUUACUACGUGUACACUAUCGAGGUCACUAAGCCCAACUCUACCUCUGUACACUCUGUCGAAAAGAGGUAUAGUGAAUUCAACACACUUCACCGUUUGCUGAAAAAAGACACCGAUACGGCUCCAUUUCCACCUAAACGUGUGAGAAAUUCACAGCUGAAAGUAUUAGAACAAAGAAGAUCUGCUUUAGAAUCAUACAUUCAAAAGAUGAUUAGACUUUCUUCCACUAAACAACAAGUUCUCCAUUUUUUGGGUAUCGAUAGUCGGGCUCCAACUACGGGAGAGAGAAUGCAAGGGGAUACUGGGAAUGGAGAUCCAAGGCAGCCUCGAUCGAAUACGCUGAAACACCACCCAGUUUUGACUUUUCAAUGCGAUCCUUAUGUCAGGGCAAACACUGCAUCCAGUCUUCCAGAUAUUGUAACUAACGGAGUUCUCGAGUAUUUCAAGGACUAGUUUGGCCCUCGCUUUGCAAGAGCUUAUUUUUUUGGAUUCAAGAGUCAAGGCUCAACACCUAUUUCGGUUUGUUAUCACUCGCCGAUUAUUUCGGUAGUAUCCUCGCAGAUUUUUUAGCUGUUUUCUUACUCAAAAAAUAUCCCUGGAGUUUUGUUUACCCAUUGUUAAGCACCGUUGUAGUAAUCACUUCUGUUUUCACUUUUUUCAGCCUUUAUCUUCCGCAGGAACUUAAAAUUGAAGUCCCUGGUAGAAGUAGUUAUAAAAAACUGUCCCAGCAAAGCUCUUUAUCAGAAAAAUGGGCUCUUCCAGGCGUAUCCGAUCUCUCAUUUGCCGUCUGUUUUCUCCGACUAGUCAAAAGCACCAUGGUAUCUUGGCUACCGGAAUUCUUCAUCCAAAGAGUAGGAUUUAGUGAGUAUAGAACAGAGCUAGCCCUGACGAUAUAUAAAAUAGGUAAUUUGUUUGGCUGUAUCGGUUUCGGUUUGACCGCCAGAAAGGAAACUGUUUUAUUACAAAGUUUAGUUUUACUUGGUAUCGGAACCUUGGGAAUCGUUUUAUUAUGGGUAACAUUAUCAUGGAGUUUUUUGUGGAGCGUUCACCUGUUGGCUAUUGCUGGUUUUGCUAUUGGUGGGCCAAUAGGAGCCCUCAGUGCCUCGUUCCCAGUUUCAUUAGGUGAAUUAGAUGGCAGAAAAUCUGGUGGAACUCUUGUAGGGAUAAUAAACGGUUUCGGUAACAUAGGAGAAUUGCUCGAGCACACUAUUCUUAGCUUUGUCAUCGAAACAUACGGAUGGAAUUCGAUGUUCAUCUUAUUGAUAAAUUUGUUAGUUUUUAGUGCCUUCCUAGUGAAUAGAGCACAUUUUGCGACUAACAAAAAGUUAGUAAACAGCAGACAAUAUGAUAUUUAAAUCAAUCACGGCUUAUUAUCGUUAUUCAUAGAAGUUCUAUUUAGAUUAUUCUACGACUAUUCUUUAGUAACUAAUAAACUAUUCUCUAAUAAUUAAUGAAAUCAGGUAUUACUCAAUAAUAAUGUUGUCAUCAAACUGUUGAAAAAUACCUGAAAAAGAUAAUACUUUCAACUUUUUAGACAAUUCCAUGCCGUGGUUUGAUAUUAAUAAAAAUUCAUAGUACUGCUGCUAGUAGUUCAAAAAAAUAACGUACGUUAAAUAUGUACUUAAAUCGAGGAUAACAAUUUUUAUUUUUCAUUGUUGUUAUUAAAUCAAAUGAUAUCAGCAUUUAUGACUGAAAAAAUUAUAAAAUUUCCUUCAAUAAAUAAACACCUAUGACUUCA